AUGCAAUUUUCUCUUGUACUCAGUCUUCUCGUCGUUGGAGCAAUUGCCAAGCCACCUCCAGGCACUGGUGACGUUGAUCAAUGAAUCUGGAUCAAGUGCAGUCUUGGUUACCAUUGUGCUGUUGUUGAUGGACAAGGAGGAUGCUACCCAGAAUUGGACCAAUGCAGUCAUAUCAAAUGUAGCAUCGGUAGCCAUUGUGAGAAUGGAGAAUGUGUUCCAGAUGCGGUCACUGAAAAUCCAUGUACCUGGAUCAAGUGCAGUCUCGGAUAUCAUUGUGCUGUUGUAAAUGGCGGAGGAGGAUGUGUUCCGGACUUGGAUCAAUGCAUUCAUAUCAAAUGUAGUCUUGGUAGUCAUUGUGAAAACGGACAGUGUGUUCCAGAUCUCGGUCCAAUUGACGCCUGCGACUCGAUAACAUGUGAAACUGGCUUCACUUGCGUUGUUGAAAAUGGAGCAAGCGUUUGUAUUCCAGACGGUACACCAAUAAACCCAUGUAUCAUUAUGCAGUGCCCAACUGGAGAAAAGUGUAUUUUCACCAAUGGACCACCGAUCUGUGUUCCAGACACUCCGUUGGCUGGCUCCGCCUAA